GCAGCCCAGUCGGGAGGCGGUGGCGGUUGGUGCGCGCGCAAGAUGAGUGAAUCUCUGGUGGUUUGUGAUGUUGCUGAAGACCUGGUGGAGAAACUGAGGAAAUUCCGGUUUCGUAAAGAAACCAACAAUGCUGCCAUUAUAAUGAAAAUCGACAAGGAUAAGCAGUUGGUGGUGCUGGAUGAGGAGCAUGAGGGCAUUUCUCCUGAUGAGCUAAAAGAUGAGCUGCCUGAGAGACAACCUCGAUUUAUUGUGUAUAGUUACAAGUAUCAGCAUGAUGAUGGAAGAGUUUCUUACCCACUGUGCUUUAUCUUCUCCAGUCCAGUUGGAUGUAAGCCUGAGCAGCAGAUGAUGUAUGCUGGAAGCAAGAAUAAACUUGUACAGACAGCUGAACUCACUAAGGUAUUUGAAAUAAGAAAUACAGAAGACCUAACUGAAGAAUGGCUGCGUGAGAAACUGGGCUUCUUCCAUUAAGAAAACCUCUGUAAUAAGUAUUUAUGUACCAUCCUGAUAAUACUGGAACCAGACAUGAAUACUUACAUCUAAAUAUGCACUGUAUUUACAUCUGUCUCCUGCAGUAUCUCUCUUGUGCAAAGUUUGUGCAAAGAAUAGCAGGUCUGUCUCCUUGAAGUAACAAAUCUUUGCAGGUGUUUCCUUAUUUGUACCUGUUAAAAGGGAAUACUCCUCUGCAGGGACUCCUUUUGCACUCUUGUGACUAAUUUUUCUGUAACUAAAAGAGUUCAGUUCUGGAUUGGUAACUAUCUACAGACAUAAUUUGGAAGCUGACGCUAACUUUUUCUGAGCUACAACUGCAUCCUUAUGACAUAUACUAGCCAUUUAUAUGCAAAAGUUGUCUACUGUCACUUACUGUUCAGACUUCUUGAUUUCGUGUCUCCUCAGUUUUUGAAAACUACUCCCUGGAAACAUUUAGUAGUAAACAGACAAAAUCCUUGUACAGCGAAUCCAUCUGUUUAUCUUUCCAUUGAGACCACGUGAACUUUCUCAAAUUCUCAGAACUAAUUUUUGUCAUUCCAGUGAUUCCUCAGUUGUCUGAGUCAAUCUCACCAAAUUUCAGGGCAAAGCUUUGACUGUCCAGUGCUUGUGCUGAUACAGUCUUACAGGAACUAGAUGAUAACUAAGGGCUGAAUUACAAUUCUGGUUACUCUGGUACCAGAUGUCUUGCAUAUAUAACUUAUUACACUGUUAAGAAGUUUACCUCUUUGCUCAUUUCCUGUUAUAUGAACACCUGGUAAUACUGUGUGCCUUUAAUUUGCUAGCUUUAAAGUGACUUGAGAAUUUUACACUGCCACUUAUUACAAAUUUGGUGAAAACUUUGAAGAAUCCAAGUAACAUUUGUUUCCUAGUGCCUACUGUUGCAGUUGACAUCUGUAAAAAACAAAAAGCUAAACUCAUCUUUGGAAUUCCAGUCAUCUACUCCAUUUGUAGGAGUCAGGAGGUUAAAGCUUUUCGUGAUCGUGAUUUCUAUCUCUUUUGUUAUAAAAGUUGGCCACAUGUAGCUUUUGAGUACUUUAGUCUCUAAUUUUCUUAACUGCUUGUUGGUCAAAAUUACAUUCCAGAUAAAGCUUUUGCAUAAGGGAUAAUUUGAUUUUCAUUUACUUAUGGCUCAUCUCUUUGAAACAAACAGCCAAUAGUCUAAUGUGAAAAUAGUAUUUAACUUUUAUAAAUGACCAGUCUUUUUACAGGUCUGUUUUAUAUUGAGUAGAGUAGUUGUCUGAUAUGGGACAUGUUCAGCCCCUGCAGUGGCAAAAGGAGUGCUCAUGUGGCAGUAUCUCACCAUCUGGCUCAUGAGUGUUUGUUGUGCUGCUGGAUAAGUAUCCGUGCAUGAGCAGCUUCCUGUUGAUAACAUACCUUAAAAUACAGCUGCCCUAACAAAUCUGUUCAGUGAGAAGGAAUGCAGUGUUCACUUUGGAGGCCAGUAUUUCAUGCUGUGAAACCUUUGCUGGAAGGAGGUUUAUUUUUCAUUUGUAAACAUAAUGUUGUGUUAGUGGUAAAACACUAGUUCCUCCAAGAUCACAAGGAAUUAAUUUGCAAAGGUCCUCAGUGUUGGUAAAUCUCUUCUUAGUUUGAUGUUACUGUUCAUUAUUUGCAUACAAAUCUUGACUUGAGAAGAGCUUUUCAAAUUAUAUGUUGGAAUGAUCCAAUUAAGUUGAUCUCUCAGUGUGGGAAAGAAAUAUUUGUGAUUAAAAUUAAAUUUCUGUGUUAAUGUUGUGAACUGGAAAACCAAUUUCAUUUCCCUGGACAAAAAAAACCACAUUGAUUAUGAAACUGUUGCUUGAUCAGUCUGUACUGGAUCAAUAAAAAUCAUGUAUUUUGUGACAAACAUUGUAUAAAUGAGACUUUGGCUUCAAGAAUAGUGUCAUGCUAAGCAUCAGCCUUGAAACAGCAAGGAUCUAGUUUUGUUGGCAUUGUGCUCAAGGGAAGACAUGUCAAAGUACAGUGUGGGUGAGGGGGAAGCUGCUGCUUGUGACCUUCAGCUUCAUUUGCAGCAGGGAAAACUGGAUUAAUAAUCUUUGUCAUUGUACUUUGUACACUGGUGGGCUGCCAGCAUCCAACUGCUGCUUGCACAGGUCUUGACAAAAAUAACUGUAAAAGGGACCUGUCCCUCUUGGGAGAAGGGAUGAUGGCAUUUGAUUCUUCAUCUCUGGAUCACUCCACCUUCUGCCAAGAAAACAUUGCUACUAAGGCUUAAUCUGUAGUCUGAGUUCUUUCACUUGGCAUGUCCUCAUUGCCUCCUCUUGAGCAUGUUCUGCCUGGGGUGCUGCCCCUAAGGUCUUGCAGAAAGCAAACGAAUCCUGAUGGGAGCAUUAAAGCCCACUAACUUGUGAUGUUGGUGCUGCUCAGCCUGCCAGUAUUACUCUUGGAACAGCCUUGCUUGGUGGCUGUCCCUCCUUCCCCUCCUUGAGCUGUGGAAGUGAGGAAGCAGCUGCAGGUACUUGGAGAAUGAGUGUGAGGAGGAUGUUUGCUGUUCUAGGCUUGUUUGUGGUUUCCGUGGUUUUAGUGCAGUGUUUUGACACAACUGCCUGCUGCUUUCUGCCCCAGGCUCUUGAGGGACAGGUAGUGCUAAUACUUGAUAAAACAAAGACAUUAAUUAUGUCAAAAUCUUUCCUGCACAGAUAAUACUUGUUUUCAUACCCUACUUUUCCCACCUUAUCUUUAGAACUGUAUUUUCCCUACUGCUUCCCCCUCAGGAUCCGUGGGAGGCAGAUAUAUCCAUGUUCAGAAGGCCAGUAUGUUCUGACUGUGCUUUACUAGCAAGUUCCCCAUCUGUAAUCGUGCAUUUGUUUGGAAUUUUCAGAUCUAAAUAGGGUUCAAACUAAAGGACAACAUCAAUUAACUAACGCCACCUAUGGGAGCCUUUGUAGCUAAAGGUCUGAGAGUCAGCAUUUUCCAUUAUGAGCUCCUAUUUUUGAGGAGUUAGUAGGUUGGCCAUAAAAUCCUUGGCCUUGAGUUAAAGCUCUCAUAAAGAGAGACUUCUACCAUGAUUCAUCUGGUUUGCUUAAAAUAUUGAAUAGAUGGCUGGGAUACAGCUUUUGUAGUCCUAUGAAUUGAUGGUAAGCUGAAAUAAAGCAUGAGUUUGCAUGUCAGCCCAUAAAAUGGACUUGUAUUAUUUGAAUAUUUUUAACAACAAAUAAGUCAAUGCUGGUAUUUGAUGGUUUAAGUGUGUUUCUAGAAUCAUUAGUGCUGUUUUGAUCUGUCAAAGGAGGCAAUAAUGAGGGUGUUGACACCUUUUCACUUCUCCAAAGGAGCAUCUUAAAGCAUUAAUUUGUACCAGGAUUCCAUUUUUGUAUCUUUAACUGUAAAAUAGCUCAUCCAGAAACAAUGUUAAACUGGUAAGAGGGGUCUGAAUCACACAUGCAAAAGCAAGGAAGUUCGGUUCUCACUUCAGUGGCUCAAAAAAGAAACGUGCAAUGUUUGGUUUUUGAUACCUGCAUUUAUUACCAGGGAAAUAGAGGCAUGAUGAGCCAUGAGAAGGGGUGCAGUGAAACUCUUGCUUUUGUUCCAUGGUUCAGGGUCAGUGUGACUUGUGUCCUGUGACAUGCCAGGGCUGGCACCAGUGCUGUGGGGGGGUUUCACGGCCCGUUUGGAGAAUUUGGUAAUUCCAUGGAAAAUAUCAGUAACCAGUACAACUUCCAUAUGCUGUUUAGUCUCUGCUAGUACACAUUGCAUGUUUACUUUAAACCAAAUCUUUUUUGCUAAGCAUGGUGCUUGUAUUGGUUUAAAUAAAAUGUUUAAUUAAGA